UAGACGAUAUUUAUUUAUAUAUAGUCAUUAUAUAUUGAAAGAUCAGAAUAGAAGAGUUGAGAAAAACGUGAUAUCAUCACUCUCAAAUCUCACUUGCUCAGUCUUUCUCUUUGGGUCCGUUCACGUGGCAGACAUUGAAACCAGCAUUUCUCUCUUCAACUUUCCAAAAUAUUUAUUUAUUUAUUUUCAUUCAUUUGAUUAUAUCCUUGGCCAGAGAACCAAACAUGCUCCGCUCCGCUAACUUUCUCCAAACUAAUCCUUCUCUUUACCGAUCUCCGCCUUUCUCUGCUCCGGGAUUGAAGAUUAAACAAGCAUCAUCGUUUCCUUUUCAGCUACAUUGGUUUAGUAAGUCUGGGGAUCGACUCAAGUGUAGGAUGAUGUCCAAUGCCCCUCGCCUUCAGCAGGAGACUGUAAUUCAGAUGGGUGCCCUUCAAGAUUCUGAGACCAACAGCCCAUCAUUGAGAACUUUACCAGGUCAACAUUUUCCUCUUGGUGUGUCAGAAGUUGAUAAUGGAAUCAAUUUUGCAAUAUUUUCUCAGCAUGCUACUGCAGUCACACUUUGCUUAUCACUUCCACAGAGGGAAGCACAUGGAAUUGAGGAUGGUGAAAUGGUGGAGCUGGCGUUGGAUCCUCACCAGAAUAGAACUGGAGAUGUCUGGCACAUAUGUGUAAAGGAUUUACCGAAGAGCAAUGUUCACUAUGGUUAUCGCAUUGACGGUCCACAAGAUUGGCAUCAAGGCCAUCGUUUUGAUAGUAGCAUUGUGCUAGUAGAUCCUUAUGCAAAGCUAGUUGAUGGUCGCAAAUACUUUGGGGAUGUCAACGAAAAGUUCUCUAAAUUUCUUGGAACUUAUGAUUUUGAUAGCUCACCUUUUGACUGGGGAGACAACUAUAAGUUUCCAGAUAUUCCUGAGAAAGAUCUUGUUGUCUAUGAAAUGAAUGUUCGUGCAUUUACGGCUGAUGAAUCCAGCGGGUUGGACCCAGACAUACGCGGAAGCUACCUUGGUGUGAUUGAGAAGAUUCCACAUCUUCAAGAGCUUGGUGUCAAUGCGGUAGAGCUGCUGCCAGUUUUUGAAUUUGAUGAGCUAGAGCUUCAAAGGCGACCAAACCCUAGAGAUCACAUGAUAAAUACAUGGGGCUACUCAACAUUAAACUUCUUUGCUCCUAUGAGCCGCUAUGCUAGUUCUGGUGGUGGUCCACUUAAAGCUUCUCAAGAAUUCAAACAAAUGGUUAAAGCUCUGCAUGAUGCUGGAAUAGAGGUUAUUUUAGAUGUUGUCUACAAUCAUACCAAUGAGGCUGAUGAUGCCAAUUCUUAUACUACCUCAUUUCGAGGCAUAGAUAAUAAGGUUUAUUACAUGCUGGAUGAAAAGAACAAUGGCCAGUUGCUUAACUUUUCUGGAUGUGGAAACACAUUAAACUGUAAUCAGCCUGUUGUCAUGGAACUCAUAUUGGAUAGCUUAAGACACUGGGUGUUGGAGUAUCACGUGGAUGGAUUCCGAUUUGACCUUGCUAGUGUUCUUUGUCGAGGAACAGAUGGUACUCCUCUUAGUGCACCCCCACUUAUUAAGGCUAUUGCUAAAGAUACUGUUCUGUCAAGGUGUAAGAUUAUUGCAGAACCUUGGGAUUGUGGAGGCCUUUAUCUUGUUGGAAGUUUCCCAAAUUGGGACAGGUGGGCCGAAUGGAAUGGAAAAUAUCGCGAUGACAUGAGAAGAUUUAUAAAGGGUGACUGCGGGAUGAAGGGAAGUUUUGCUACUCGUGUUUCUGGAUCUGCUGACCUUUACAAAGUUAACAAACGAAAACCUUAUCACAGCAUUAAUUUUGUGAUUGCGCAUGAUGGUUUCACAUUAUAUGAUCUUGUUUCGUACAAUUUCAAGCACAAUGAUGCUAAUGGAGAAGGUGGUAAUGAUGGAAGUAAUGAUAACUUAAGUUGGAACUGUGGUUAUGAAGGAGAGACUGACGAUAAUUCCAUCAAAGCUUUACGCUCUCGACAAAUGAAAAAUUUUCACCUGGCACUAAUAAUAUCUUUGGGAACACCAAUGAUGCUUAUGGGGGAUGAAUAUGCACAUACUCGCUAUGGAAAUAACAACAGUUAUGGACAUGAUGCUGCCCUUAAUCACUUCCAGUGGGGCUUGUUAGAAGCACGGAGGAAUAAUCACUUCAGAUUUUUCAAAGAGGUGAUAAGAUUUCGACACACUCGACGUGUCUUCAGACGUGAUACUUUUUUCAACAAAAAUGAUGUCACAUGGCAUGAAGACAACUGGGACAACUACGAGAGCAAAUUUCUCGCAUUUACAUUCCAUGACAGUGAGGGAGAAGACAUCUAUAUGGCUUUCAAUGCGCAUGACUAUUUUAUCAAGGUCACUAUACCUCCACCACCGUCGAACAAGAGAUGGUUUCGAGUGGUGGACACUAAUCUUGAAUCCCCUGAUGACUUUGUCAUGGAAGGAGUACCUGGCAUUGGAAGCACUUACAAUGUUGCUCCUUACUCCUCAAUUCUUCUAGAAGCUAAAUGAUAUACCCCGAUUAGGCUUACCUACUCUAAGAGGCCAAAGAAAACUAACUGUAAUAACAGCAAGGCGGAGGCGGCAGUUCCUAUUAAUAAGCUGUCCUAAUAUGUUGGUUUAGAGCUGCUAAUUAUGUUUAGUAUAAAAAUAGAGGGGCUGGUGAAUUGUAUAAGAUAAGAAUUGAUUUGUACAAAUUGAGUAAAGCUUACUCGGGGAGAUUCUCAAGCAUCUCAAAUAGCUUGAAACUUUGUAAUUCUUUAGAGAUGUUGAUAAGAGCAUUUUUGUAUAUAUUUUGCAAGUUCAGUGAAUGUUAGUUUUUAUGUUUUUGAUAAUUUUAAUCGUAUUGAAUAGAUGAGAAGAAAA